GGUGCUGGAGAGAGAGAGAGAGGGAGAGAGAAUUUCGCACUAACCUAAACUAACAUUUCGCGAAUGUUCAUAGUCCGUCAGUCGAAUCGUAAUCACUCACGAUCGGCCGAGAUGGAGGUCCAAUCGGGCUGGACUCCUUUUUGCGUCGCAUAAAAUUCCCCGACUGCAAAUGAUUUGACAGAAAUCAAGUCGAAUUAACGGUGGUGUCGUGAUGCUCAGUGUCAACGUAUAGCUAACGUAUAUAUGUAUACACAAGUAAGCUGUGAAAAUCGUUCGCGCGAUGAAUUGAAAUUCUAACCUGAACUCGAGCAUCCGAUGGAUGUAAUAAAAGUUCCAUUCUAUUCGUUAUUAUUGUGAUAUAUACAUAUAUACGCAUACACACAUACACGCGCGUAUUGUUGGUGAAUCGCAUGAUGGACGCGAGCACGACGGAACGGCAUGUCCAUGUGAUUGUCGCGUAACGAGAAGGGAAGCGAAGAAAUUCGACAAGAUCGCGAAUGCAGGUGCACCCCUACGCGUUCGAAAUAGAUCAAAAUGUUUCGCAGUCGGAGCUGGUUCGGCGGCGGCCUCUGGAAGCCGAAGAAUCCUCAUUCCUUGGAGCAUCUCAAGUAUCUGUACAACGUUCUGUCCAAGAAUCAAACUGUAUCGGAGAAUAACAGGGGUCUGCUGGUGGAAACUCUACGUUCGAUAGCUGAAAUUCUCAUAUGGGGCGAUCAAAAUGACAGCGGUGUUUUCGAUUUUUUUCUGGAGAAAAACAUGCUUUCCUUUUUUCUACGUAUUAUGAAGCAAAAAUGUGGGAGCUACGUGUGCGUUCAGUUGCUACAAACAUUGAACAUCUUAUUUGAAAACAUACGCAACGAGACAUCUCUGUAUUAUCUGUUAAGUAACAAUCACGUGAACAGCAUCAUAGUACACAAAUUUGACUUCAGCGACGAGGAAGUGAUGGCAUACUACAUCAGCUUUCUGAAGACGUUGAGUUUGAAAUUGAACGCCCAUACCAUCCAUUUCUUCUAUAACGAGGUAAACGAGCAUACCAACGACUUUCCACUGUACACAGAGGCGAUUAAAUUUUUCAAUCAUUCAGAGGGUAUGGUGCGUAUAGCUGUGAGAACGCUGACGCUGAACGUGUAUCGCGUCGAGGACGCGUCCAUGUUAGCUUUCAUAAGGGAUCGCACCGCCGCGCCGUACUUCAGCAAUCUCGUAUGGUUCAUCGGCGAUCAUAUCAUCGAGCUGGACAUUUGCGUCCGGAACGAUGCCGACCACCAGAGCCAAAACAGACUGUCGGAUUUAGUUGCGGAGCACUUGGAUCAUCUGCAUUACUUGAACGACAUCCUGUGCUUGAAUAUACCGGACUUGAACAAAGUUUUGUCCGAGCAUCUGUUACACAAACUGUUGGUCCCGUUGUAUGUUUAUUCUCUGAUGAAACAGAAGAACGUUUUGUGCCAAACUCAGGACGAAAGGAAACACGUGAGCGUCGUGGUGGCGCUUUUUCUACUCUCCCAAGUCUUUCUGAUAGUGUCGCACGGACCCCUUGUACAUACGUUGGCGGCUGUAAUGCUCAUGUCCGACUUAGACACGAUUCAAACCGGAACGAAUAAGGUGCUGGAGAAGUUCGGGGAGGCCACGUCGGUCAAGCUCGUAGCUUUCUUCACGUCGGGAGAGACGCUAGAGAAGUCUUCGGAGACCUUGACCGAGACGUUGUCGACGUCCGACGAGGGGCACUGCAACGAGGAGGGCGAUCUGAGAAACGCGAGAGAGUUCGCCGUGAGCUCGGACACGUGCGACGAGUCGGACGAACGGGAGUCCGAUCGUCCGAGCGCGACUCGCGUCCGAGUCCUGAGAAAGCUCGGAGAUGUGACACCGUCGUGUAAGCCCGUCCCCGCCUCCUCCCCGCCGAGGGAAACGCUCGAGAGAUACCCGGGGAUCCUGAGCGAAAGGUCGUCGACGCCCGGGGAGCACCGCCGCGCGGAAAGCGACGCGAGAAGCGCGAAAGAGAUCGCUGUAAGCGUCGUAGCGUGCGACGAGUCGCGGGAGCAUCCCGAGCAUCCGAGUACGUCUUUCGAUUUAGUAAAUACCUCCGCUCGUAUACGCACACCGUUGGAUACGAGCGUCCCGAGCGAAGAGGAUCUCGAGGAAAUUAAGCAUUUGAAUGUGACAGACGAAGAGAAACAGCAACGCUUGGCGCUGGAGAGCCCGUUGACGCCGCAUCCCAGUCAGAACGACAUAUUCGAGUCGCUCGCGAGGAAGCCCUUUCUGGAAACGAUCGUCAGCUCGUUGCUGUGCGCCGAGAACGAUUACGCGGCGUUGUUCACGCUCUGUCUGCUUUACGCGUUGGCCAACAACCAGGGCAUAAGUCGCAAAAUUCUGGACGUGAUCUUCUCGCCGUUCGAUGGCGCGUCUGUGAAAAAUUCGUACAACGAAUUGCUCAUGGACAGGUUGAUUCACAUCGUAACACUGAGCUGUCAGACGAAUUCCAAGGUGCGACUCGUCACGUUGGAGUUGACCAUCAAGCUGCUGAUGCAACUGAUGAUCUCCGAGGGCCACUGCUUGCUACGGGACUCGCAUCUGGCGGCCAUCGAAGCGGCGAGGGAACAGAGCACGUCUCUGCUCAAGAACUUCUACAAGAGCGAAGACAUCUUUCUGGACAUGUUCGAGGAUGAAUACAGCGAGAUCAAGAAGCGGCCGCUGAACGUCGAGUGGCUGAUGAUGGACAGCAAUAUCUUGCUGCCUCCGACGGGCACGCCUAUGACCGGGAUCGAGUUCACCAAGAGGCUGCCGUGCGGUGAGGUGGAAAGAGCGCGACGUGCGAUACGAGUGUUCUUCCUCAUCAGGGAGCUGUCUCUGUCGCUGAACACGGAAACCGAAACACAGUUGCCACUGACCAAUCCGGCUAACUGCGUACAAGUCAACAACGUUCUUGACCUAAGUAGACGACACGGACUCGCAACGACUCCUUUUGCAGACAACAGCGACUUGAUCGCGUGCACCGUCGUGUGGAAGGACGGCCAGAAGAUCCGGCGUUUCCUCGUCAUCGAUGUUGUCCAGUUGAUCCUCGUCGAACCAGACACCAGCAAGCUCGGAUGGGGCGUCGCGAAAUUAGUCGGUUUCCUGCAAGACAUCGACGUGGCCGGCGACAAGGACGACUCGAGGUGUCUGCAUCUGACGAUCUAUAAGCCUCUAAGCAGCAGCACCGGCAAUCGCAUACCGUUGCUGUCGGCUAAAUUCGUCUUCGAUGACCACAUUCGAUGUAUGGCCGCCAAACAAAGGCUAACGAAGGGGAGGAUAAAGGCGAGGCAGAAGAAGAUGAAUCAGAUCGCCAGAUUGCUGGACAUCCCGACGAGCGUGCCACAUUGCUCGACACCGCCUAAUUACGCGUUGCGCGGCUUACGGCACGAACGUACGCUCGGGCGCGCUCAGAAACAGAAGGAUCAGCCGAGGCCGAUGUUCACGGUAAACAAAGUUCCUGGAUUCGCGGCACAAAUGCGUAGGGAAAAUACUAGGCCGACGGCAUCGUCGAGUUCGAAACGCGAUGAUGCCGGUACGAACGAGAAGGCUCAUGAGAACGGUUUGCGAUCUAGAGACGGCUCGCCCAAGAUGCCAAGGCCGCGGAGUGAGGAGAUUCCUCUGGAGGACAUGCGAAUACGGAAGGCAUCUCUGACAUCGAACGGGCUCAGCAUGCCGCGACCGGAGAGAAGGGACAGUCAGAGCUGCUCGAAUAACAGUGAUUCUUCGUCUGUGAUCAGGAAACACUCCGAGGAAACGUCCUUCACGUCUCCGCAGAGCCAAGAGCCGAAGCUACCACGUAGAAAGGGCCAAGUGGAGACAGUGUGAUCGCGACCGUGUGAGGAGUUUUAGCCAGGCGAGCUGACGCAAUGCGGACUAUAAGCGUAUUUUUGUUGGAAACUCUAGAGAGAACGAUUUGGGAAAAUAAAUGUGUGCAAUCUUUCGAGUUUAGCGAAAAUAAUUCACUUGACUAAUUUAGUAUAAAAAGGAGGAAGGAAAUUAGCAUAAACGCGCGUUUUUAUCUUACAAUUAGAACGAAAUUUUAAUUUUUUAUGAUAUUUUUUUGUCGGAUGUGACAGGGAACGGUAGUAGUGAACGUUAGACGAAUUUGUAUCUCUGGACGCAAAGCUCUCCUCUUGCGACCAAUCACGGAAGACGGAAGAGAAGAGGGAAAACAUGUUGGGUAACUUCGUUGAAUUAGAGUUUUUUCUUUACGUUACGAUACCUGUUUAAAGCUGCCUCGUAAGUAUCGCUCAAGCUCUCCUCAAUAAAAUUCAUUCCGUGCUGCCGAUUAAGAAUAUAAAUAUAUCACCUACAGCGGCAAACGCAAAUCGUGUAACGAUCUUGUAAUUAAAAAAUUCAUGUGUAUAUAUCCCUGUUGGUUAUAGUUUUUCUAUAAUUUAAAAAAUAAAGCAAAAUUACAAUCUCUA